GUUUGGUUGUUGUUUCUGCGGUCAAGGAUCUGUCUCUUGUUUCUUCUCCUCUCUUUUUGCCAUAAUAAUCUCUGUCACAAUUUAGCAAAGUGAAACAAAGAGACAGAGAGAGAGAGAGAGAGUAUGGCGACCACACUUCAUUGUCUCUCCACACUCCAUCUCCGUCCUCGCACAACCCAUCGUCCUAAAACUCUCAACUCUCUCAAACCACAACGUCCCAAGAUCAAUGAAACACCCUCAAACCCUAACGCUCUCCAGCUCCUCAAAUCAUCAUCUCUCCCUCUUGCACUCACCGCAUUACCAUUUAUCAUCGAUCCACAAGAUGCAGCAGCAGCUGGAGGACAGUUUGGGAUCUUGGAAGGACGUUCCUUCGCGUUGAUACACCCUAUCGUCAUGGGAGGUUUGUUCGUGUACACUCUAUACGCUGGUUACUUAGGUUGGCAAUGGAGACGUGUACGCACCAUUCAAGCCGAGAUCAACGAACUCAAGAAACAGGUUAAACCAACUCCUGUUUCUCCCGAUGGUUCCACGGUUGUUGACUCUUCGUCUCCUCCUUCUGCGACGGAGCUUGAGAUCAAACGGUUGACGGAAGAGAGGAAAGAGUUGGUUAAAGGGUCUUAUAGAGACAAACACUUUGACGCAGGCUCUGUUUUGUUAGGGUUUGGUGUUUUGGAGUCUGUGUUUGGUGGCCUUAAUACUUAUCUUCGUACGGGUAAACUCUUCCCCGGUCCUCAUCUUUACGCUGGUGCAGGAAUAACGGUGCUAUGGGCGGCAGCAGCUGCUUUGGUGCCGGCAAUGCAGAAAGGAAAUGAGACGGCGAGGAAUCUACACAUUGCGUUGAACGCUCUCAAUGUUGUGCUUUUCAUUUGGCAAAUCCCAACAGGUUUUGAUAUCGUCCUUAAGGUCUUUGAGUUCACCAAAUGGCCUUAAACCCCUUCACUUGCUGUGGUCUCUUUUGCUUUUGUCUUUACAGUUCUAGUUGUUGGACUUGUGAUAUGAGCACUGACUCUAUUUAUAUAUAUAUAAGCAAAGUCUUCUACAACUCUUUUUGUUUGUAAAUGCUGAAUUGUAAAAUAAUAGUGAGUGGGUAUCGAUAUGAUAUAUGUAUGGCUCAACAACAUGUGUUUUCCAGAGUUUUAAUUUCUGCUGUAAUGGUUUCAGUGUACAAGAAUUUUAAUACUUAAUGAUAAAUAAAAUGUUCAAAC